GGGGAGAAUUCUGUUUUCCGUUUCCACACCAACAUACCUUCAGUGAUCAACAAGCGACUUCAGCUACAGCUAGCGAUCAUUUCACUCCUUACAUUCUACUUUUCACAACAUCCUCUUUGGAAAAUGGUAACUUGUAAAUAUAUACCCUACAGAGGCUGAGAUUAUUGAGGCAGAGGAGGCUGAGCCAUCCACACCUCCAAAACCUACACCUCUCACAUGAGUUUAUGGAGGAAGAUUAGGCCGAGCCAUCCACAGCCCCAGCUCCUACACCGCCCACAGGGGCUGAGAUUGUGGAGGCAGAGGAGGUCGAGCCAUCCAUUGCUCCAGCUCCUAUACCACCCACAGGGGCUGAGAUUAUGGAGGCAGAGGAUGUCGAGCCAUCCACAGUCCCACCUCCUACACCUCUCACAUGGGCUCAGAUUGUGAAACAGAAAAAGAAACAGCCUGAGGAGGUUAAGGAGAAGAAGGAGAAAAUCACGGAGUCCAGGGAGCAGAAGAUGCAGGCUGAAGUCAACCAGCAGCUGCCAGAUAAGGUGAAGAAGUUCCCAACUCCUACACCUCUCACAGGGUGUGAGAUUAUGGAGGCAAAGGAGGCCGAGCCAUCCACAGUCCCAACUCCUACACCUCUCACAUCGGCUCAGAUUGUGAAACAGAAAAAGAAACAGCCUGAGGAGGUUACGGAGAAGAAGGAGAACAUCACGGAGUCCAGGGAGCAGAAGAUGCAGGCUGAAGUCAACCAGCAGCUGCCAGAUAAGGUGAAGAAGUUCCCAACUCCUACACCUCUCACAGGGUGUGAGAUUAUGGAGGCAAAGGAGGCCGAGCCAUCCACAGUCCCAACUCCUACACCUCUCACAUCGGCUCAGAUUGUGAAACAGAAAAAGAAACAGCCUGAAGAGGUUACGGAGAAGAAGGAGAACAUCACGGAGUCCAGGGAGCAGAAGAUGCAGGCUGAAGUCAACCAGCAGCUGCCAGAUAAGGUGAAGAAGUUCCCAACUCCUACACCUCUCACAGGGUGUGAGAUUAUGGAGGCAAAGGAGGCCGAGCCAUCCACAGUCCCAACUCCUACACCUCUCACAUCGGCUCAGAUUGUGAAACAGAAAAAGAAACAGCCUGAGGAGGUUACGGAGAAGAAGGAGAACAUCAUGGAGUCCAGGGAGCAGAAGAUGCAGGCUGAAGUCAACCAGCAGCUGCCAGAUAAGGUGAAGAAGUUCCCAACUCCUACACCUCUCACACGGUGUGAGAUUAUGGAGGCAAAGGAGGCCGAGCCAUCCACAGUCCCAACUCCUACACCUCUCACAUCGGCUCAGAUUGUGAAACAGAAAAAGAAACAGCCUGAGGAGGUUAAGGAGAAGAAGGAGAAAAUCACGGAGUCCAGGGAGCAGAAGAUGCAGGCUGAAGUCAACCAGCAGCUGCCAGAUAAGGUGAAGAAGUUCCCAACUCCUAUACCACCCACAGGGGCUGAGAUUAUGGAGGCAAAGGAGGCCGAGCCAUCCACAGUCCCAACUCCUACAACUCUUACAGGGGGUGAAAUUGUAGAUGAAGAGGAGGCUGAGCCAUCCACACCCCCAACUCCUACACCUCUCACAUGGGCUGAGAUUGUAAAACAGAAUACGAAACAGCCUGAGGAGGUUGAGGAGAAGAAGGAGAAAAUUAAGGAGUCCAGGGAGCAGAAGAUGCAGGCUGAAGUCAGCCAGCAGCUGCCAGAUAAAAUGAAGAAGCUCCCUAUGGAGUCUCACCACAGGAAGAACAACAAGAGUGUCGAACUGUUCAUAAGGAAUCUGGACUACAGCCUGGACGACAAGCGCCUAUACAAAGAGUUCCUCCAAUUCGGAGCCGUCAUCAGUGCAAAGGUGGUGAUGGAGAACGGCUGCUCAAAAGGAUUUGGCUUCGUUAGCUAUUCGACAAGUACAGAAGCCAUGGAGGCCAUUAAAGGAAUGAAUGGCAAGAUCUUGGGCAGAAGGUUGGUGUAUGUAGCUCUGUCUAAGAGCAGAGAGGAACACAAGCCUUUCCUCACCCAGACAGAGCAGAAGACAUGGAGCAGCCGGCCUACCAACCCCCGGCAGAGUAAACACAAGGACACACAGAGAGAGAAUACUUUUGAAUGCAAUAAUAUGAUCUAGAAUAGUGCAAUGGUUGUCCCUCUGUCACAUUGACCCGCCAGGAACGUAAAGAAGUACAAGAUGAAUAAAUAAAAACUGCAAGUUAAAAAA